ACAUUUGAUGCUUGACUCCGUUGCAGUCUGUGUGGCUACACGGCACCAAACGAAAGUGCACGUUAGGCUGCUCAUACUGUAUCGCAAUAUUUUAAAAACCUUGUUUUAUGCGGGCAUUGCCAUUUAUUCUUGGCAUUGGCUAUAUUGAGAAGUCUGUAUUUUACAUGAGCUGUUUUCAUCUGUAGCCGAGUUUAAAUUAAGAUUUUGAUAUUUUAUUACGGAACGUUAGGAGCUAUCGAAGGCAGCUCAGAUUUAACAAUGGCGACAGCUGCGGUAUCUGGCCCUGCAGGCAGCGGCCCCAACCCCGGAUCCGGGGCUGAGUUGGUCCGUGGGCAGGCCUUCGAUGUCGGGCCCCGCUACACUAAUUUGUCUUACAUUGGAGAGGGGGCCUACGGUAUGGUCUGCUCUGCAUUUGACCGGGACGGCAAGGUGCGCGUGGCCAUCAAGAAGAUCAGCCCCUUUGAGCACCAGACCUACUGUCAGCGCACGCUCCGCGAGAUCAAGAUCCUGCUGCGCUUCAAACACGAGAACAUCAUUGGCAUCAACGACAUCAUCCGAGCGCCCAGCAUCGACCAGAUGAAAGAUGUCUACAUAGUACAGGACCUGAUGGAGACGGACCUGUACAAGCUGCUGAAGACGCAGCACCUGAGCAACGACCACAUCUGCUACUUCCUCUACCAGAUCCUCCGAGGGCUCAAGUACAUCCACUCGGCCAACGUGCUCCACCGCGACCUCAAGCCCUCAAACCUGCUCCUCAACACUACCUGCGAUCUGAAGAUCUGUGACUUUGGAUUGGCCCGUGUGGCGGACCCCGACCACGACCACACCGGCUUCCUGACGGAGUACGUGGCCACGCGCUGGUACCGAGCGCCCGAGAUCAUGCUCAACUCAAAGGGCUACACUAAAUCCAUUGACAUCUGGUCCGUGGGUUGCAUCCUGGCUGAGAUGUUGUCCAACAGGCCCAUUUUCCCCGGGAGGCACUACCUGGAUCAACUCAACCACAUCCUAGGAAUCUUAGGGUCUCCGACUCAGGAGGACCUCAACUGUAUCAUCAACAUCAAGGCCAGGAACUACCUGCUGUCCCUCCCCCUGCGCUGCAAGGUGCCCUGGAACCGCCUCUUCCCCAAUGCUGAUCCCAAAGCCUUGGACCUGUUGGAUAAGAUGCUGACGUUCAACCCUCACAAGCGUAUUGAGGUGGAGGAGGCUUUGGCUCAUCCUUACCUGGAGCAGUAUUACGACCCCACAGAUGAGCCUGUUGCUGAAGCCCCUUUCAAGUUUGAGAUGGAACUGGAUGACUUGCCCAAAGAGACACUGAAGGACUUGAUCUUCAAGGAGACGGCUCGGUUCCAGCCCGGCUUCAGGCCCUAAAGUCACCCGUAGAUGUGAUGAGCCUGACUGGCUGUGGCUGCUCUCUGCCAGCAACGUCUCCACUGUGUGCCGUUUAUCGUUUUGGUUCAUUUUAUUUCCUUUUUGUUUUAAACGUCUGUGGCAAAGGCCUGUCCUCAACCAACCUCCUGUCUGUCCAUGUCUCAGGAACAGCAUAAGAAAGAUCCCAUUCCCUUUCUCCUCCUCACUCUUAGCCCCCACCCCCCCCACCCCCCUUCAUCUUUGAACCUCUCUGCUUCCUUUCUAGUCUAGCGUUUCCUCCUCCCUGCUCCUUUCUUUUUCUCCUGUCUGUCGCAUGCUUACCACUCAUGUCGGGAGACGAGUGCCCUGGUGGUGGACUGGAAGUGUAGGGACACGGCGUGUGACUGAAGCCGAGCUGACGAGUGUUUCAUAUCAGUGGGAAUUUGGACUAUUAUACAAAUCCUGGUCAGGCUCUUCUGUCCUGCAUUUCAGUUUGAAAAAAGGUACUGUAUUGUGAUUGUGCAAUGGUUUUGCUCUCAUUAUUAUUAUUAUUAUUAUUAUUAUUAUUUGAUAGAGCUACUGUUCUGGUAAUGUGUCAUUUUACAGAAAGUCUCCUAAAGCGUUUUUUUUUCUUCCUCUGUCUCUCCCUGUCAACUGAGGCCAAACUUCUGAUCAGGGAGAGGUUAGAGCUCAGAGAUCUUAUCACAUGUGAUGUAUGCAGUGGUCUGAUGCUCAGUUACAGGGUGCAUGUAACAUGCCCUCUAUGCACUUUUUUGAAGAAAAAAAAACUAAAAAAAAUUCUGCAGUUUUUGUCAAGGCUCCAUUCCUGGGCUGGUUUAGUACUUAAGCCCAAACCACUCCCCUGAUCCCAUCCCUGCACAUACCCUUUUAAAGCGUAUUUUGGUACUGACGAGUAAAAUGCGAUCACAGGAAGUGUCGUGCCACACAUAGUGCUGGGACUAUACAAGAUGGCACUGCCAUAUUUUUUGGGAACCACAUGAGUCUGGCCGGAGGCCGUGUGUGGAGCGGGGCCACAGCUCAGGCAGGGCGGCAUCACACUGGGAUAACCUCAGGCACCGGUCCUCGCCAUCUCAACACCGGCACACUGGGCCUCCACAGAGGUACAAAACAAAACAAGACAGGGCUACAGCCAACGGCUUUUAGCGUUGACACUUCGGGUUUUGCAUAGUCGCAAAAGCUAAUCCACAGUCGACAUAGCUUUGGGGAAUAGCUGUAGUUGUGCUACAAUCAACGUGAUGCUUUUGUACUUUAAAAAGUAUGGUGCCUCCUCUUCUUCCUUACCUGGUGUCUCUCUCUCUCUCCCCCUCUCUCUUUUUUUCUCUCGCUCUCUCGCUAUCUCUGUCUAUCUUUCAGCUCUCUCAAGCUCAUUCCCUUCGCCUUGUAACAAACGAGACUGUGCCCUUGCAUGACUGUUAAAAAGCUUUCUAUACAAAGACUAUGUAAGUGCCACAUCACUGGGAGUUCCACCUGGGAACCUCUGGACUUUUGUUAUUCUAUCUUUGGUGGUCUCACAAGUCCCAUUUAGAAAAUUGUAGAAAAGGGUUCCUUUAUUGUUUU